UGUUCUCGUGCUUCUGCAGUGGCACAGAGACGAGCGCAGAUUAAUGGUGAUUAUUUGAGCUUGGAGGGGGAUUAGUGUGUCUGUGGUGAAGCUGUAGCCGAGCCAGAAUGAAGUACGCACGCGUUUGUGCAGUGAACUCUGCAGCCUGAAGCAGACAGGGAAGCAGAAUGAUUCUGCUGGAAACGCCAUGAGUCAGCUCCGAGUGUUGGCGAGUUUGCUGAGAGGUGGAUGUGCCGGGAGGAACCAGUGGUUCCGAGGAUGUGGAGGUGUCCCUGCCAGGCGCUGCUGGGCCGACCCCAGCAGGAGAGGCUGCUCCUCGUCUGGCUCUGCGCCUGUUCCGUCAGCGCUGGCCAGUAGCUCCACCUAUGUGGAGGAGAUGUACUAUGCCUGGCUGGAUGAUCAUAAAAAUGUCCACGAGUCUUGGGACGUCUUUUUCCGUAACAUCCAGGCCUCCAGCCCGCCUGGUGAGGCGGAGGAGAGACGCCCCUCCACUCUGCUCCGCGGCCGGGUCCUGUCCCACUCUCCUGGCACGGCACAGAAAGUGGUGGAGGACCACCUGGCUGUGCACAAUCUCAUUAGAGCUUACCAGGUUCGCGGUCACUACGCCGCCCACUUAGACCCUCUGGGAAUCCUGGACACUGACCUGGACUCCUUCGUACCCUCUGACCUGAUCACCACCAUCGAUAAAUUAGGUUUUUAUGGUUUCGAUGAGUCUGACAUGGAUAGGACCUUCCAGCUGCCGCCGACCACCUUCAUCGGAGGAGACAGCGCCACGCUUCCCCUGAGAGAAAUCAUUCGCAGACUUGAGUCGUCGUACUGCCGUCACAUAGGAGUGGAGUUCAUGUUCAUUAACAACGUGGACCAGCGUCAGUGGAUCCGCCAGAGAUUCGAGACACCGGGGAUCAUGCAGUUCACCAAUGCUGAGAAGAGAAAUCUUCUCGCCCGCCUGGUCAGAUCCACACGGUUUGAGGACUUCCUGGCCAGGAAGUGGUCAUCAGAGAAGCGUUUUGGUCUGGAAGGCUGUGAAGUUCUAAUCCCUGCUCUGAAAACCAUCAUUGACACGUCGAGCGCUGCCGGAAUCGACAGCGUGAUCAUGGGGAUGCCCCAUCGAGGUCGACUGAACGUCCUUGCGAAUGUGAUCCGUAAAGACCUCGACCAGAUUUUCUGUCAGUUCGACCCAAAGUUGGAGGCAGCUGAUGAGGGUUCGGGCGAUGUCAAAUACCACCUUGGGAUGUACCAUGAGAGAAUUAACCGUGGGACGGACAAGCACAUCACGCUGUCGCUCAUGGCAAACCCCUCCCACCUGGAGGCUGUGGACCCAGUUGUUCAGGGAAAAGCCAAAGCUGAGCAAUUCUACAGAGGAGACACUCGGGGAAAGAGGGUCAUGUCCAUCUUGAUGCAUGGAGAUGCUGCUUUUGCUGGACAAGGAGUUGUGUAUGAGACCUUUCACUUAAGUGAGCUCCCCUCCUACACAACACAUGGUACAAUCCAUGUGGUGGUCAAUAACCAGAUUGGCUUUACCACGGAUCCCCGGGUGGCGCGCUCCUCUCACUACCCCACCGAUGUGGCUCGGGUGGUCAACGCGCCCAUCUUCCAUGUGAACGCCGAUGACCCCGAGGCCGUCAUGUACGUGUGCCGCGUUGCUGCAGAGUGGAGGACCACCUUCAACAAGGACGUCGUCAUUGACCUGGUUUGUUACCGACGUUUUGGCCAUAACGAGAUGGACGAGCCCAUGUUCACGCAGCCGCUGAUGUACAAACAGAUCAAUCGGCAGGUGCAUGUGCUGAAAAAGUAUUCCGACAAGCUCAUCGCCGAGAGAGUGGUGACACUGCAGGAAUUUGAGGAAGAAGUUGCCAAAUAUGACAAGAUAUGUGAGGAGGCAUACACCAGCUCCAAGGAUGAAAAGAUCUUGCACAUUCGACACUGGCUCGACUCCCCUUGGCGAGAUUUUUUCACAGCACAGGGAGAGCCGAAGAGCAUGAGCUACAUCUCCACCGGCCUGGAGGAGGAAGUUCUGCAGCACAUUGGCCAAACUGCCAGCUCAGUUCCUCUUCAAGAUUUUAGGAUCCAUCCUGGUGUGUCUCGUAUCCUGCGGGGUCGAGAAGACCUGGUGAAGAGUCGUCAGCUGGACUGGGCUCUCGGAGAGUACAUGGCCUUUGGUUCUCUGCUCAAAGACGGCAUCCACGUACGACUCAGCGGGCAGGACGUAGAGCGGGGCACCUUCAGUCACCGUCAUCAUGUUCUGCACGACCAGGAGGUGGACAAACGUACCUGUGUUCCCAUGAACCACCUGUGGACCAAUCAGGCUCCUUACACUGUUUGUAACAGCUCCUUAUCAGAGUACGGAGUGUUAGGUUUUGAGCUUGGUUUUGCCAUGGCCAGUCCAAACGCUCUGAUCCUAUGGGAGGCCCAGUUCGGUGACUUUAACAACACAGCACAGUGUAUCAUUGACCAGUUUAUCAGCUCGGGUCAGGCGAAGUGGGUCCGCAACAAUGGUAUUGUCCUCCUGCUGCCACAUGGGAUGGAGGGAAUGGGUCCAGAACAUUCGUCUGCUCGACCUGAGCGCUUUCUGCAGAUGAGCAAAGACGACCCCGAUCACUUCCCUGAGUUAACAGGAGACUUUGAAGUCCAGCAGCUGUACGACUGCAACUGGAUUGUGGUCAACUGUUCCACGCCUGCCAACUACUGUCAUGUGCUCAGGCGACAGAUUCUGCUGCCAUUCAGAAAACCGCUGAUUAUUUUUACUCCGAAAUCCCUGCUGAGGCAUCCAGAUGCAAGAUCUAGUUUUGACCAUCUCGCCAAAGGGACUAAAUUCAAGAGGCUAAUUCCCGAUGAGGGUCCAGCAAGUCAAAGCCCAGGUCAGGUGAAGAGGGUGAUCUUCUGCACUGGUAAAAUCUACUAUGAGCUGGUUAAAGAGAGGAAACGGCAGAACAUGGAGAAAGACAUCGCCAUCACCAGACUUGAACAGAUUUCUCCUUUUCCGUUUGACCUGGUCAGAGCGGAGGCUGAGAAAUACGCCGACGCUGAGCUGGUCUGGUGUCAGGAGGAGCACAAAAACAUGGGUUACUACGAUUAUGUCCGUCCACGUUUCCUCACAGUGGUGGCCAACAAGAAGCCCGUGUGGUAUGUGGGACGCGACCCCGCAGCUGCGCCCGCGACCGGUAACAAGUCGACUCACCUCAAUGAGCUGAAGAGGUUCAUGGACACUGCUUUCAACCUGAGCGCCUUCACGGGCAAGGACAAGCAGUGAGAAGUAGACAUGAGGUGCGGUUUCAUCUCCAACCACCAAACUGUCGUGGCGUUUAAACACCUGAUAACCUCAUAUGAAAAUUGUCGGCAAGUACGACUUAUUAAGUUAUUUUUACUAUGGUCAAUGUACAAAAUACAAAAAUGCCAUGUCCCAAAACUUCUACAAGAACUAAAGCAAUUUUGGGACGUCAUGUAUUGGAAGAAUCUGCACUUUAAUCAAUCCGCAAUAAUCAGCGUAGGUAGAAGGGUUCUUGCACCCUACAGUGUUUAAAUAGGCUGUAUAAGCUGUUAAGUGUUGGCCAAGGACAAACGGGCUGAAUCUCCUAACAUCCGCAUUUCAAAAUAAGUUCCUUAAAAAAUAUUGUGAAAGAGUGUUUAAAGUAGCAACAGUGCCCUUUAACAUCACUUUACCACUAACAAUUACAUUUGUGAUAUUGACUUUUUGUAGUAGCUUUAAUGCUGUAGAUCAGGUAUGUCCAAAGUCAUACUAUUAUUAUUAUUAUUAUUAUUGUUAUUGUUUAUGGCCAGGGAUGGAGUGUGACAGCAAUGCAUCCCCAGUACACGUAUCUGGAGAUUUGCUUUGAAACCAGAGCUCCGGGCAGGAAAGAUUCAUGCAUUAAUCUCCUGUUACGGUUAAAAAUUAUAAUUGUGACGAAGAAAAUAAAAUGAUUAUAAAACCGUGCAUUUGUAUGUUUAAAAAAACAUUGGCCCCCAAGAAUUUUCACAUCAUGAAAUCUGGCUCUCCUUGGACACCCCUGCUGUAGAUACCUCCACUGUUGCUAUGCAGAAUAGUAUUUUAGUACUUUAGUACUAGAAUCUAUAUUUGUUUGUAUAUGAAUUGCAGAAGCGACUUGAUGCACACAAACCUUUCACAGGUACGACGGCUGUUCUGAAAGUAGAGGCAUCAGUAGGUUUAGUGCCUGUUUUUUUUUUUUGUCUUUGUUUUGGCUACCUUUAGCUGUAAGUGAAGAAGUAUGUAUUUACUGUCACACCUCACUUCACCGGGAGACAUGAGCCAGCUGGCACAGAGACUUGUAGCCAUGUUUUCUACGUAGGACAUAAGGCUGGGCUUCCUCUUCGGAGGCGGAGGGACACACGCGAGACACAGCGAGCGCCUCGGAUGCUUCUGAGAGCAACGCUGAUGCUCAGUUGUCAUUUUUAAAUCCACAGGUAUUAAACAGAACCGAUAUUAGCUACUGCUCUGCUCAGAAAUUAUGCUUCCUGUUUCCUGCCUCUCCACUUACAGCUAAAGAAUUAAAUCACUGUACAUCAUUUCAGAUGAUUAUGACCUUUUAGGUUUGUACCUUUGAGUGCAUUAAAGGAACAGAAUAUCCAGUGACAA